GCGGCAGCAGCAUCACAUCCGCAGAGGCCGGGAUAGAAGGACCGGUGGUGCAAGGGAGGAGGAUGAAGCUGACUUUAGCAGACGACACCGAAGACGUCUCGCUCGACUUUGGCAACGAGGAAGAGCUGGCAUUGAGGAAAGCCAAAAUCAGGCACCCCCUGGCCACUUUCUUCCACCUCUUUUUCCGGGUGAGUGCGAUCGUGACCUACUUGUUCUGCGACUGGUUCAGCAAGAGCUUCGUUGCCUGCUUCGUGGUCAUCCUCCUCCUCCUGUCCUUCGACUUCUGGUCUGUGAAGAAUGUCACCGGCAGACUCCUGGUGGGACUCCGCUGGUGGAACCAGAUCGACGAGGACGGGAAAAGCCACUGGGUGUACGAAGCCAAGAAGGUCCCUUCCAGCGCCACAGCCCCCACGGAAGUCGAGGCCCGGAUCUUCUGGCUGGGGCUGAUCAUCUGCCCGGUCAUCUGGACCAUCUUCUUCUUCAGCACACUCUUUUCCUUGAAGCUGAAGUGGCUGGCCCUCGUGAUCGCCGGCAUCUCCCUCCAGGCCGCUAACUUAUACGGCUACGUCCACUGCAAGUUGGGAGGGUUGAGGAACCUCCAGAAAAUCGCUGCGGGGUUCCCGGCUCAGCAGAUCUUCCAGAGGGACACGCCAGAGGGAUUUCAGAAGACGGUGCUGAAGGGGAUCGGAACAUGAAGACCAGGAG